GCUCACUGUUCUGCACGAUGACGACGGAGGCACAGGAAGAACUCGCAACCGUGUUACAUUCUGGCUUUUUUCUCCUCGAUACGUCCAGCACCGCCGAGCGCGACCUAAAAAAUAUACUCGUGCACAGACUAACGCAAUACCACCAAGUACUCAGAUCGAUCCCUCCCUCCAUUGACACAGCGGAGGACGCUCAACUUGAAACUGCUCAAUGUGCCCUGCACGUUGUCGAGCGCGUUCAGACCCUCCUCGACCAGCCAGAUUUCCAACAUGAAGGUGAUCUGAAAAGCGCGCCAGCAAUAGGGACACGCGACCUCAACACUCUCCGCACCCUUCUCUCUCUCAUUUUUCGGUGGGGAACCGGACCACUUUAUACGCGUCUCACCCCUUCGUUCUCGUCUAAACCAAUUCCGGGCACCCCAAAAAUUAUUGACCUCACGAACACCCCCGCCGACCAUGCUACACUCUCUGACCUGCUUUUGCGCCUCAUGGGUCUCUUGUUCCCCAAUGGCCCAAAGAGCACGCCGCCCCAAACACUUAUUAGCAGUACACUACUGUCAAGACAUGCAGUUGAUUUGUUACGCCCGAGUAUGGCCCUCGGAUGGCUACCUAGUUCACCCGUCGAGCCUCUACGCCCGCUCGUGCUCCGUCUCCUCGCCUUCAUCCCCCUCCCGCAACUCAUGUCGUCCCUUGCUACGGUCCUCUCCACCCCUAAUUCCCCAACACCUCCCCACGUCCGUAAACUUUGUUCAUCCCUCCUCACUCAACACCUCCUCCGCCUAGACGGUGUGCGUGCUCUCUGUGCUGCUGUAUUCGGCGAACUCGAUGCCGAAGAAGAACCGGAACUCGACAAAUUAGAGCACGUUGCACGCGUGUUGGGAACAGUGCCUCGGGGGAUGCAACCCAAGGAUUACUUCCAGACCAUAAUACCCCGCAUCCUUGCUCUCAUGUCUCCGCCUUCCCCUUCUUCUGCCUCAACGCCGAUAAUACCUGCGUUCAAACGUGCAGUCGCAUUCGCUCUCGCGCGCAUGCUGGACUUAAGUGCUACACACCAUGCGCUCGUUGCGAGUAUAGCAUUACCCAUUUUACACGACCCACUCACCAAAGUCCCCAAUGAAGCCUCACACGACCAAGGGGGGUCAGAUCAAAGCCACGGUCUGCCCACUCCAUCAUCAUCCCUCCAGACCCUUCAUACACUCCUGUUAUCAACUGAUCCAUCGCCUUCUCUCUUCUCCUCCCUCCUUUCACCCAUCCUCCCUUCUCUGUAUUCCAUUCACGCACACCUCAGUAAAGUGGGUGUAGCGGAUCCGAUACUGAAAGAGGAUGUUUGGACAUUGAUGAGGACAUGGGGACGAGUUGUAGAAGAUGGCGAGGGAGUUCGAGCAUUGUGGUCAUUAGUGGAUGAGAAUGCAAACUCUUCAGCAGGGUGGGAAGGGGGAAAUACAGAAGAUCUAAAACGAGUAAGGAGGGUCAACAGAGAAGAGAAACUCUCUCUUCUUACACCGGAAGACCUCCGACACGCCUCCGUCACUGAGGAGAGUGAUAUAGAGUCAUUGGACUUGGGACUCUACCCACCUCCUGCGCACUUUGUUUCCUACAUGAAGAGCAUCGAUCGUGCAGAUAUUGCGGGGGGCGUGUUCGUGAGAUUGCUAGAGGCAUAUCGGGUUGCGAAGGAGCCUGGUCGUGAAAAGUCACAAGACGGCGAGUUCAAAAGAGAAACACAGAGUAUAUUGAUGAACCCGAAGGAACCUGAUCCACUCCGGGUGAUGCUUCUCCUCCAACUCAUCAUAGCCUUCCAAUCUCAGCUGGACAACACCGCUAUCCUGAGUCGCCCAAAGGAUGUGCUGGAAUUUGUGAGGCACGCAUUAGAGGUGUCUGAUGCGGCCUCCUCCGCACCCGUAUCUAGCACGUCAAAUCGUGGCACAAGUAACGAACACAGAAAGGGCCUCCUUAGAGAGGAUCUUAGAAUCAUCCCAGAGGAGCAGGACGAUCUGGAAAUUGGACCAGAUAGUGACGACGAGUACGAUGAAGAGAUUGAGGGGGAAGACAUGGUGGAGACUGCUGUUGGGUUGCUGUUGGCUAUACUUGAAGCCAACCCCUCACUCACCCCGAACAACACGCCCUCACUUACGCCAAUCCUCGACCUCCUCGAGGUGCACACGCCAACCCGGCCAAGCGCACGCGAGGCACGGUUAGUAUUGACAGCGAGGAUGGCCGAGGGGGCGUUAGCCGCAUCGGGAUCUGCUUCUAAAUUUACCAAAGAUAAGGGCAGAAACAACGGUAGAAACAAGGAUGAAGACGCAGAUCCGCGAGAGACGUACCAAAAAGCGCUCAAACUUCUUCAAGACCCACUCCUACCUGUACGGGCGCAUGGGCUGCUCUUAUUACGCGAGUUAGUAUCUUUCCCGGCUCGUGCGAGAGAGGCUGAGCGAGAGAGGCUUGAGAGGGAAGCAACAAUACGUGCACUGCACCCUGCUAUCCUCUCCAUAUUCUUGCAAGCGAUUCAGGAGGACGAUUCAUAUGUGUUUUUGAAUGCGGUGCAAGGCCUGGCUGCUUUGGUGCAUGCCCCUGGUCCCGGUCCUAAUUCUAGAUCUGGCACGGGGAACGAAGUCUUGAAAGUGCUAUUGGAUGCGUAUGCUAGGGGGGCGGAAGAUCUUGCUGAUGACGAGGCAAAAUCGGAUAAAAAAUUCAAGGAUGAUGAAAAGGGUAAGGCAAAGGGAAAAGGCAAACCAAUGAGUGAAGUUGACACACGCCUCCGCAUCGGCGAAGCCCUCGCAGUUGUUGUGAGGCGGUGUGGAGACGCCCUGGGGGUAUAUGCGGACACGCUCCUUCCACCCCUCCUUUCCCUCGUCUGCGAGUCCCGCGCCCCAGUUAUCUUACGCACAUCAGCGAUAUCCCUGCUCUCCGAGUGUAUCAACACCUGUGCCCGCGUGGUAGAACGAUACACAGAGGGAAUAGCAGAGGGAAUGCUUGAUCUAGUUUUGGUCGAGAUGACUGUAGCAACCCCCACUCCUCGUCCUGCGGCUAAGGUAGAGGGGAAGAAAACGGGAAAGGGCGCAGAAGUAAGCACAGGACAAGCAGAGUCUGAACCUGCUCCAAUACCCCAAUUCCAGCCCGAACGCCCUCCAGACCUGCUAGACAUAUCUCCCCUGAGCACAUCCUCCAAAGUCCCAGCGCUUCGACGCGCGGCGCUACACUUUUUCGCGCUUCUCGUGCGGAUGCUUACUCAGGAGGCGUAUGAACGCGAUAGCGGCUCCUGGAGCGAUGUUCAAAUCAGGAGCAUAUAUCCCGGGCAAACGGGCGCGUAUACGGCAUAUGAAGGGGGACCACUACCCCCGGGAUUUAUAAGACGCGCUCGGACGGUGUUGGGGUAUAUCGCAACUGUGGAUGAGGAUACGGUUGUGAGGGUAAUGGCGAGGGAGGUUGGAGAGGGGCUGGAGGGGCUGGAAAAGGCUUUGGUUGGGCUGUGAAUGCCUAGACGAAUGGCAACAAAAUCUCUGAGGCUUCAUGUAGAGUGAUGAUUAUUCAGUUGCGAAGGAAAUUCAAUCUCAUGAAAGAUGUUGUUCCGUGUGCACUUGAUCAGUGUAUCCAUUGAUGACGG